CCUAAGCAGCCGUCCUCCUCGUGUCUAUCUCUCCUGUUGGCUCCUCCAUCUCCUAAACCUAAAAAACAAACAGCCGAAGACAGAUCUUCUUUCAUUCUACGAUUCAGCCGGGAAGGUUAGGUUCAAUCAGCAGUUUUUGGGCGCUCAAAUGGGAUCAUUGCGAGAAAGUUUGAAUAGGUUUAAACAGCAACAAGAAAAAUGUCAGUCGACCCUUACGAGCAUUGCAGCAGGCUCUAAAACAAGCAAUAGAACCACAACUCCUGCUCCUAGAGUUGCGCCUGCUGCAAGCACGUUGGCGAAAAAUCCAGUUCCUGCGGUUAAAUUCUCUAAUGACACUGAGAGGUUGCAGCAUAUUAAUAAUGUCAGGAAGAGCCCUGUAGGAGCUCAAAUCAAAAAAGUCAUCGAUCUACUAUUCGAGUCCAGGCAGGCCUUUACGGCUGAGCAAAUAAACGAAGCAUGCUACGUUGAUGUCAAAGGCAAUAAGGCCGUGUUUGAAAGUUUGGCAAAGAACCCGAAAGUUAAUUAUGAUGGAAAACGUUUCUCUUAUAAGUCGAAGCAUAAUGUGAGAGACCAGAAAGAACUUUUACGAUUAAUACGGACAUUUGCAGAGGGUAUUGCUGUUGCUGAUCUUAAAGAUGCCUACCCAACUGUCAUGGAAGACUUACAGGCCCUGAAAGCUGGUAGACAGAUCUGGCUACUAUCAAAUUUCGACUCGCAGGAAGAGAUAGCGUACCCAAACGAUCCGAGGGUCCCGAUCAAGGUGGAUGAUGAACUGAAACAGUUAUUUAGGUCGAUUGAGUUGCCACGAGACAUGCUGGACAUUGAGCGGGACCUACAGAAGAACGGGAUGAAGCCGGCUACAAACACAGCUAAAAGAAGAGUGAUGGCUCAGAAUGGUAAUAUUUUGAAUAAACCGAAACAGAAGAAAAAGAAGAAGACUGAGAUCAGUAAAAGGACAAAACUCACCAAUGCUCAUCUUCCUGAGCUGUUCCGAAACCUUAAUGGCUAGUAGCUCUUUCUUUACCACUUGAAGUUGGAGAUUUUAUAAAAAUUAAAUCAUCUUUAACUUUCUGUUAAGAUGUAUGUUUGUUGAUCCUCUAAAAUUUAUAUAUUGGUAUAAAUAAAUACUUAAAUGAAUAUGUUGUAGCUUUUAAGGAAAAAACCUUAAAUCAUUGUAUCCAAUGUUGUUGGACCUGGUUUUGUAUAUAUUGAUGAUGCUUGGAACUAGUUUUCAUA